UCUAGACUCAGUACACCGGAAGUACUGUUUUUUAAGUUCCGUUCUCGUCGAAGCUCGGCGUAUGCGUGCGAGGAAACAUGGCUGCGUGGAGGCGGUUAACCUGUGUGUCUCUCACAGUCACACGGGCGUCCUGUAACGGGAGCACACACACACUGCAGGGCGGAGCCCGGGCGUUUCGUUCAGCAUCAGGACAACAUUUAACUGCUCCUGAUAACAACGGGGUCGUGGACCUCGCUGUGGCACGUGAUGGUAAAACCAUAGUGUGUUUUCACCCUGCUCCAGACGUUGCCUAUGAGCUGACAAAGCCCAUUCCAAGUACAGAUGCUACACUUGAUUCUACAGAAACACAUGAUCUAGUGUUGAAGUCUCAGCUCCAUAAGGAUGUUUUAAAGAACCAAAAGACCCCAGCAGUAGAGGAGCUUGCCAAGAUGUUUUACACUACAAAGCACCGCUGGUACCCAGUCGGACAAUACCAUACAAGGCGCAGGAACCGAGACCCACCCAAAGACCGAUAGCUGUGCGCUCUCUCUCUCUCUCUCUCUCUCUGUGAUUAAUU